AUGUCAACAUCUUCCAUCCGGCAUCCCUGUCACUGGGUUCGGCAUUACGCGCAAAUCUUUCCCGACCGAGCAGCAGUUGAGCAGCUAGUCGGCUCUUUUCCCGAUGAUGACAAUGAAACAGAGGUUCAAACUCGCAGUUGGACGUACUCUCAGCUAGAAACAAUAUCGGACAAUCUCGCGGAGCUCCUGCUGGAUCGGUUGCCAUCCGAAAGCUCCUCCUCUCCGCCCGCAGUUGCUCUCUGUAUGGGUCGGACUCUUGAAGCCUUCGCCUGCAUCCUGGCCAGUAUGAAGGCUGGGUGCCUCUACCUUCCUAUCGCCGAGGAUCUGCCACCUCAGCGCAAGAAAGAGCUCGUGUCUGACGCAAGGGCCGCUGCUGUCUUUGCUUCAUCAGGCCUAGCGGAUACUUUCAAAGAACAGAACGCUGCAGGAGAUUCCCCUCAUCCGACUCUUAUCGUUAUUGAUGACCUUCCUGCCGGUAUGGCAAACACACGCAACGACCCUCUCACCCUGCCGCCCGCUAGCAAGACGGGCUACCUCUUGUUCACCUCCGGCUCUACUGGCAAACCCAAGGGAGUCUCCGUCUCUGGCGCGAACCUAUCCUCCUUUGUGGAUGGCUAUGCUGCCAUCUUGACUUCGAGAUCGCCACGUUCGAUGAGGCUCACCGACAAUGGCGGAGGACGCUAUCUCAAUUCGUCCUCGCGAGCCUUCGACCCACAUAUCUCACAAAUGUUUACAGCGUGGAGAAUGGGUUACGCCGCUGUGACAGGUGAGCGGAGUUUACUUCUAGAAGACAUGAUCCGGACGGUGAACUUGCUGGAAAUCACUCACAUGGGUGGGCUACCAUCUCUAGUAGAGCAAGCAGGUAUGACACCAGAGCAAGUGCCUUCGCUUGCUCUUCUGGGCGUAGGUGGAGAGAAGAUCACCCCUUUCAUCCUUGAUGAGUGGGCAUCUCAUUGUGGCGGGGAGGACGGCCGGACGGUGAUCAAUCUGUAUGGUCCCACGGAGGUGACCAUCGGAUGUACAGCUGCCGUCAUCUCCCCUUCCUCUACACCGGGGAACAUCGGCUAUCCCAUCGGCAACACGACGGCGUUGGUGCUACUCCCUGGCUCCGACACUCUGGCGUGGAAAGGUCAGGCUGGAGAGCUCUGCUUCGCUGGUGACCUGGUAGCUCACGGCGGCUACAUAGGCGAGAAUGCGCCCAAAGGCGGUUUCGCGACCGUUCCCAAACGACUCAUCGAUCCGCAAGCCCCGCAAGACCAGUCGCUCAAAAUCUAUCGCACAGGCGAUGUCGUGCAGAUGCUCGCUGAUGGCAGUCUUGCUUUCCUUGGGCGAGCCGAUGAGCAGAUCAAGAUCAGGGGUCAGCGUUUGGAGCUCGGUGAAGUCAAUGUCGCUGUGCGUACGGCCGCUGCUGAAGCACGUGAACAGGUAUUGUCGGCGCAAAACGCACUUACUGUGUAUGUCAAACAUCCGGCCCUACCAUCUGCCCGGCUGUUCAGCCUGGUCGAGUGUGGGGGGCAAAGCGACUCUCAGCUGGCUUUGCUUGAAGACAGUGAUACAAGGGAGGCCAUCUCUUCAACGCUCAAAAGCAAGCUGCCGAGCUUCAUGGUGCCCACUGUCGUCCUUGUUGAGCGUCUACCAAAAUUGGCAUCGGGCAAGGUAGACGGCAAGAAGAUCAAGCAAGCCUUGAUGGACGCACCCAUAGAUGAACUCCUC